AUGAAUCUUAGCUACGAGCGACUACAGUAUCUGCGAAAAAUACCAAACUGGAUCGAGGUCGCACUGUAUAUUUCAACCAUUAUUUUUGUGAUUAAUAUUGAUUCUGAAUACAAUUUGGUUGAAACCUGGCAGUGGAAAUGCGGAGUCGUUGUGAUUUGGCUCGCUUGGAUCGUGUUUUUCAUCAAAUUAAUGAAUAUUCCGAAAAUGGGUUAUUACUUGAUCAUGAUGGGAAAAGUAACGAUGACCUGGAUUUAUUUCGGAAUGGUCUUCCUUGUUUUCAUCUUCGCUUUCACCAUCAUUCUCUACCUCCUCUUCAUGAACCACGCGAGUUUCCACACCCUCUUCCUCUCCCUGAUGAGCACUAUCUUCAUGUUGAUUCUUUCCUACAACUGGUCAGCAGUAGUAAAGCCACCUUGCGACCCAUACAACAACACUCAAAUCACUGAGGGUCCGGAAGCAGAAUGCUUUGAUUACCACGGAAUGUCGGCAGGAUAUCAAAUUGGAAUGCUGAUUAUUGCCACGAUGGUGAUCGCCAUGCCGAUCGUUAUAGUCAAUAUGCUGAUCGCCCUGUCCGUCGACGACGUAUGCGCGGUAAGCCAAGAAGCCAAUUUGAAGAAAAUCGCCAUUCGCGUCCGACAAUCGCUGAGCUCUAUCUACAAGCUGCCGAACAAAUAUCGAGUCGAUACGAUGAAUGUACCCGCGAUAAAGUUCAUUUUGAAUCCAAAAUACUACCGUUCCUGGUGGGACAAAGUGUUGAACAACGAAAUUAAACUUGAAGAAUUGGAGCAAAAAUCUGUCGUGGUAGAGCUUUAUGAAGAAGUGAAUGAUCGGUCAACGACGGUAGAAUCGCAUAUUUCUGAUUUGUCAACAAAAAUAAGUAAUUUGACAGAAAAACUGGACGAUCAAGAUGACAGAUUCAAGUCCUUGUUCACUCGACUGAACAACGGGAUUGAGAAACAACGCCCUGGAGCUGGCAGAAGACAACGCUUUUUGACGCAUACAUAG